AACUUAACCAGAGCUAUUACUAUUAUUAUGACUAUUAUUAUGAUUAAUGCAAUUUAAAAAAAAUGAUAAUCCUCAUUAUAUUAGAAAGUAAACAGAAGUAUAUGUGCACGCAAUCAAAUAAUUGACGGUAUGUUACAAAGACUCUGACAACAUUAGACAGCAUAUAAAAAAAUUGUUAAAUUCAACCCACAUAUCUUCACGACCAUCGAAUGUUUAGAAUUUGAGACAACAGACUGAAAGAUAAUUUGUUGCUGCUGUUCUAGAAAAUAACAACUUUAAAAGAUCUAAAAAUGGAGACACUACAAAGAAAAUCUGGCUUAGUCCCAGCUGAGAUCUGCUAUGGAGGUGAAGCUGAUUUACACAAGCACUGUAUCGGCUGUAAGAAAAAUCCAGGUCAUGUCAACUUUAUACCUGUUAAUGAUUUUAACUUGGGUCAUCUCCCCUCACGCUACCGUGACGUCAUCAUGUUGGAGGUAAUCAAAGCUUUGUCUGCCCUAACGGUCCUGAUAAAGGUCAAGUACACCAGUCUAGAGAGACCAAAGUCUGCUCCAUGCUUCAGUGGUCAGUAUCCAUUUUAUAACACCAGAGGAAGUGACGUGUUGAGGACAGGGACGGGGAGGGUGCGGCGUGUGUUCAAGUACACAGAGAGACACAACAAGGGCACUUGUCAAUGUGGCAAGUGUCAACACUCGGACACACCCAGCAAAGUGUGGGGGGUGAUUUGUGUGGUAACAGCCACACACUUGGUGUUUGAUGACAGUGAGGCGACACAGGCCAAUUGUGUUGUAGGUUUUGAUGACAAUAAAAGUCCUGGGGUCAGUCUUGAUGGCUGGAUGGUGCAUGAUUGGUCAGACAUUAAGGGAGACUGGUGUUUGUUUAUAUGUGUGUCAUGUGACUUGAAGUUGCUUAAUGAACUGGACAAGAUGUGUCAGCACUUUGAUGUUCUAUGGAGGAAGGUAAGGGACAAAUACAGGAGAUUUGUUGAAGAGGACAAGUUAACCGUUAUAGUGUCACAUCCUCAUGGCUGUUCUAAACAGGUCUCUGUAGGACAAUGGACUCACAAACAUAAGAGGAGAGUUUGGUCCAAGUACACGUACACCACAUGUACAUGUCCAGGCUCCAGUGGAGCUACUGUAUACAUGCUAGGGUAUGUGGGGUGGUUAGCACACCUCCACAGUGGAUCAGACUCUGAAGGAAAUUAUUGUGGGGAGGGUUUGUGGUGAUCCAUCUGUAACUGUUAGUUCUCUCCCCUUGUCUAAUGUAAACAAACAAAAUGGCGCCUCCCUCCAUUAAACUUGUGUGUGUGUCAAGACUUGAAUGUCUUCAUCAAAAACUUUGUAUUCUGAUGAAGACAAGAAAUAAAUUGGCUAGUUUCUUUCAUGUCAUGGUAAUCUAUUGUUUAAGCUUAAUCAAUUCGGCCGGCACAAGUAAUGUAGGGAUAAGGCUCCUAGUGAAUAUGGGCUAAAUAAUAAAUAUUAAUAUAUUUUAAAUUAUUUUUGGAUAUUGUACUAAAAUACUAAAGAUAAUUGGGUAAUCUUUACCUUACAACUACAUUACUACUUCAGCCGAAUUGAUUACGCUUUCUUCUUCUUCUUCUUCGUUCUUAAUUUUUGAAUAUGGUGGAGGAUUCAGACAACAAGUCCAACUUCGU